AUGGCGUGUUUUUCAAAGCCAGUGGGAGCAGGCAGCUCAGAUGGGGCUCGCAGGCGACGCAUGCGACGCAUGGGUCUUGCUGCUUUGGCGACCUCCACUGUGCUGCCAGUCGCGAACGGAUUUGUCAUUGGCCCGUUGGCACGCGCUACUCCAAAACCCAGUUUGAACACCAAUCUCAACACACCUCCACUUUUGGAUGCUCAGGAUCCUCCAAGCUCGAGUAAAACGGCUGCGCGGACUGCUGCAGCCGCAAUGUCCGCGCUGGCUUGCCGGCUGAGCUGGAUUUUCCCGAAGCGCACACGGAAGAGCGUGAAGGCCGUGCAGGGUACAGGGGGUACAGGUGCACCUGCUGGGCCCAUGAGCUCCAGCUUCAGCUCCAGCCUCUCGUCCAGCGGCUCUGCGUUCCUUGGAGCCACUAUGGCUGGCUCGGUGACAGCGGCUCCAACACGCUCCGCUUCUUCUACAGCUUCCAUGAAGAUGCUCUUCGAGAGGUUCAACGAGAAUGCUUUGAGGUCCGUCAUGUCCUCUCAGCAGCACUGCCGGCGUCUUGGUCAAAGCCAGCUCGGAACAGAGAUUCUCCUCGUUGGAAUCAUGAAGCAGGGAAAGGGCGUCGUGGAGGCUGUUGUGAAGAAGCUCGGUAUUGACAUUGAAGCUGCCUCCCAGCGAGUGGCCGAGCUGCUUGGGCAGGGUGACGGCCAGGUGCCUUCUGAUAUUCCCUUUUCCCCCGCAUGCAAAAAGAUCUUGCAAACCGCAGUGGACGAUUCCAAGAAGCUGGGAGCAUCGGCUGUCGACCCCAGUCACAUUUUCACAGCCCUCCUGGCAAGCCCCGAUGAAUGUCCGGCAGAAGAUAUCUUGAAGAUGGACCCACAAGAGCUGAUCAAAGAGGUGAAGACUGAAUUGCAGAAGCUGGACGAGGCUAGUGAGGUUUCGGUGGGCGGAGGGGACGGCCUGCCAAAGAAGACCACCAAGGCUUUGGAGGAAUUUGGGAAGAACCUGACUCAGGCAGCAGCAGAGGGUCUGAUGGAUCCCCUGGUGGGUCGCGACGAGGAAAUCGAUCGCGCAAUCCAAAUCUUAGCGCGGAGAUCCAAGAACAAUCCCGUGCUGAUUGGGGAGCCGGGUGUGGGAAAGACAGCCAUCGCAGAGGGCCUCGCCAUGCGAAUCGUCGCCGGGGACGUGCCUGAAAUGUUGACGGAUAAGAUCAUCAUUGAGCUAGAUAUGGGGGCAUUGCUUUCUGGUGCAAAAUACCGUGGAGAGUUUGAGGAGCGCCUGAAGAACAUAAUUCAAGAAACCCGUGACGAUCCGAACAUCAUUUUGAUGAUCGACGAGAUCCACACCCUGGUUGGUGCCGGCGGUGGUGGUGAUGGUGGCGCGAUGGACGCCGCCAACAUUCUGAAACCAGCACUUGCGCGAGGAGACAUGCAGAUCAUUGGUGCCACGACCAUCGAGGAGUAUCGAAAGUAUGUGACAAAGGACAAAGCUUUGGAGCGCCGCUUCCAGCCCGUUGACGUCCCAGAGCCCACUGUCGAGCAAGCUGUCCAAAUCCUUCGUGGCCUUGCCCGAAAAUACGAGGCACACCAUCGGCUUCGCUACUCUGAGGAGGCCAUUGAGGCUUGCGUCAAGUACGCGUCUCAGUAUGUCCAAGACAGGUUCCUCCCAGACAAAGCAAUUGACAUCCUGGACGAGACGGGUGCGCGCGUGCAGCUUCGGCAGCUCGCCACCGUGCCUGAGGAAGCCAUGGAGAUCCGCUCCAAGUUGAGAGAGGUGGAGGCAGCGAAAGAGGCGGCUGUCCGGGCACAGGACUUCAAAAAAGCCAGUGAGUUAAAGAUGGAGGAAGAGAAGCUGCAGUGCCAAAUCUACCAGGUGACCAAAAACUCACAGGCAGACUCCCCGCAACCAGAAACGGUGAGCGAAGCUGUGAAGGAGUCUGGCCCAGAGUCUGCGAAGGAGGCUGAGAAGGAGGUUGAGCUUCCACCCUUGAGCGAGGAGGACAUUGAAGAAGCACUGUCAAAGCCCACGGUUACCGAGAAUGACGUGGCAGCUGUGGUAUCUGCCUGGACAAAGGUUCCGGUGGAGAAGGUCACUGCCGACGAGUCCGUGCGACUGGUUCACCUGGAGGAUACGCUGCACAAGCGUGUGAUUGGCCAAGAGGAGGCUGUCGUAGCCAUCGCCAAGGCUGUGCGCCGUGCCCGUGCAGGGCUGCAAAAUCCCAAGAGGCCAAUCGCAUCCUUUAUCUUCUGUGGCCCAACCGGUGUCGGGAAGACGGAGCUUUGCAAGGCUUUGGCCGAAGCAUAUUUCGGCAUGGAAGACUCCAUGGUGCGCUUGGAUAUGAGUGAGUUCAUGGAGAAGCACACCGUGGCGAAGCUGAUCGGGAGUCCUCCCGGAUAUGUUGGGUACGACGAGGAGAGCCAGUUGACAGACGCAGUUCGAAGGAAACCGUACAGCCUGGUUCUCUUUGAUGAAGUUGAGAAGGCGCACCCGGACGUCUUUAACCUGAUGUUGCAGGUCCUCGAGGACGGCCAUUUGACCGAUUCCAAGGGCCGUGUGGUAUCCUUCAAGAACACGCUGAUUAUCCUUACCUCUAAUUGUGGAGCCAAGGAGAUUGAGAAGACGCUCAUUGGCCAGGGUCUGGGCUUCGAUGCUGGCGCAGACGAUCCCGGUACAUCCCUCUACCAGAGGCUCAAGACCAAGGUGCAUGAUCAGCUGAAAGGUUUCUUCAGACCGGAGUUUUUGAACCGGUUGGAUGAGAUCAUCGUCUUCAAGUCCCUCAACAAGCAGGAAGUGCGCGAGAUUGCCGAGCUGGAGUUCAGAAAGACUUUCAAACGAUGCCAGGAACGGGGCAUUACCCUCUCAUUGACAGAUCGGUUCAAGACCAAGGUCGUGGAUGAGGGUUAUGAUCCCGUGUAUGGAGCUCGACCACUGAGACGAGCGAUCAUGCGGCUUCUGGACGACAAGCUGGCAGAAUCCUUCCUGUACGAGCCCACCGUCGAAGGAGAAUGCAUCAUCUGCGACGUGGAUGAGCAGGAUGAAGUAGUCGUCCUGCGUCAGACGCUCGACCAAGGCGCACCAGAACUUGAAGGUCCUGAGGCGGCUGUAGUGGACAAAGUCCCAGAGAAGGUUCAAGCAUGA